AUGGCGACCAUAGCCACGAUGACCAUGCUCAAGCCCGCCAAGAUCACGGCCAGGUCGGCGCCUUCGUCGUCACCGUCGUCCAGCACCAAGGUGGCGUCCCCGAGCAUCUCGCUGCGCAGCCUGCAGAAGAACGCGGCCAAGAAGGGGGCCCUGGCCGUGUCGCCGGCGGCCGCGGCCAUGGCGAGCGCCUUCUUCACCUCGCUGGCCUCGUCGGACGCGGCGAUGGCGUCGCAGCGGAUCGCGGACGUGGCGGCGGCGGCGCCCGCGGACGACAACCGGGGCCUGCUGCUGCUCUUCGUGGUGGCGCCCGCGCUCGGGUGGGUGCUCUACAACAUCCUCCAGCCGGCGCUGAACCAGCUCAACAAGAUGCGGUCCGAGAAGGCGCUCGUCGCCGGGCUCGGCAUCGGCGCCGCCGCGGCCGCGGGCCUGGCCGCCGUGCCGGAGCCGGCCUCCGCCGCCGUGCAGGAGCUCGCCGCACUGGCGGCGGUAGCGCCCGCCGACGACAACCGGGGCCUGCUGCUGCUCUUCGUGGUGGCGCCCGCGCUCGGGUGGGUGCUGUACAACAUCCUGCAGCCGGCGCUGAACCAGCUCAACAAAAUGCGGUCCAACUGA